UUUUACUACAAUUGUCGGUUGUGUACACGAAUAUUACAUUAGUAUGAAACUGAACAUUGUUGAUUACGGACAUAUAUUACGCACAGGUACAUCGACAAUUUAGUCGACGCUUGCGUAAACCAACUCGUAACCCCUAGACUGGAGGUGGUUGAAUACGUGCUGGAAUAAUGUAGAGUACUCUUCCCGAUUUAACGGACGAGAUGUUCGGCCACAGUAUGGGAUUGACCGCUGUCUUGACCAGCUUUGGAGCAGCUACUGGUGCUCUGUCAGCGUGGAUCGUUUACGCAAUGUGCGUGAAACGACGUCAUUUCCCUGGUGGUAAACCGCUUAAUUGGUUUGAGAAAGACCUGUUGGAUCGUGCUAAAGAAGCCGCUAAAUCAUCAACGCAAGAUUUUAUUGAACUUGGUAAUGUUGCUGGUGGUAUUGUUUGCGAUCCAACAUCUGGAUCAAGGGAUUUCAGUGAUAAUGUGUGCGACGAGGUCGAGUGGACGAGACGCGAUCCGCCUUAUGACACUAGUAUUUUGGACUCGCGUGAAGUUAUUCAGAGAUUGUCGGAAGGUGAUGAUGAACCGAGAACUCCCGUGAGUCCAAUCGCGCCUCCAUUACCAGGUGGUGCGCUCGUUGCUAGUGAUGAACGUAUGGUAAUAGUCAGGCCGCAGCCAAGAUCUUCCCAUGGGUCGCGAUUAAGUAGCGACAGCGAUUCGGUGUUUCAUAAACAAUCUUCUUGGUCGUCUUCAUCUUCGCUGGAUGAUGUUGGGGGCGAAUUACAAUUGAGUUUAUCAUAUGAUUCAACAACUAGUGUUUUAACUGUAAAACUUCUUGAGGCGCACGAUUUACGAGCUAGAGAAUUAAGCGGGAAUGCUGAUCCAUACGCAAAGAUACGUUUGUUGCCAGACCGAAGCAAUACGUGGCAAACAAAAGUUCAUCGAUGUACCUUGAACCCGGUUUUCGACGAAGAGUUUACAUUUGAAGUUUCGUCAUUAACUGGCACAACUCUAGAGGUUCUUCUUUAUGAUUUUGAUCCAGCAUCAAAACAUCGUGCUCUUGGUUACGUCCGUUUACCAUUGCCACUUAAUAAUAGUGAAUAUCUUGGUAUUAAACCAGUCACCCUGACAAGACCAAUACACAGGUACGGCGCAGAGGGUAGUGUUUAUCGAUCAGACCCACUUGGCGAGCUUAUGGUGUCACUUUGUUACGAUGCAAAUGCUGCUAAAUUAACAGUAAUUGUUAUCCGUGCGAUCAAUCUUUCUAUUUCUGAUGAGUCUGGUAAUCAGAACUAUGACACUUACGUAAAGGUGACGAUAUUCAAAGAUGGAAAAAGUUUCAAGAAAAAACGUACAGUUAUUUGUCGGGAUCAAAGCCCAGUGUGGAAUGACGUAUUAAAUUUUGAUCUCGGAGGCGACAUAUUAUCAAAUUGUCUUCUCGAAUUUUCGAUUGUAAGGACAAGUGGUGAUCUACUCGCACGUUGCGAAGUGUCAAAAAAAUGUCAAAGGGAAUUUUUCCACCGAGUUUUAUCAGGUAAAGGUGCUUCGGUUCAAAAGGUACCACUUACUGGACCAGACAAACGUACAGAUUCUUCAUAAAUUAUAAUUUAAUACAGAUGCUAAUAAUAAUAAUAAUAAUAAUAAAGUAAAUAUAUGUAUAUGUAUAUGGUAUAAGUAUAAAUAUGUGGAUGGAUUAAUUAUAAUUUAUAAUAUUAAAUAUAAUAAGGUGUACAGAAUUGGUGAGCACACUUCAGAGACCUGCUUUAUGAUACUUUUGUUUAAACUGAUAACUUUUUUUAUCAUCAAUUAAUUAUCAUUAAAUAAAAUAGUUACCGUACUGAUGGCGGGCCAACAUGUAGAAUAUUUUAUCGUUAGCAAAAUGAAUAUAUAUAUAUAAAUAUAUCAAUAUUUGUCUUUGUCGUUAGACAUGUGAGUAAAAAAAACAAAGCAAAUUAAUUGAAACCCAAAUAAAUAUUUGAACUUUAUGA